UUGGUCUUCAUUUUGUGACCAACAUGCCACUCCUCAACUUCUUGAUCAAUCUCUGUGGGCACCAAAACAUCCCGCAUUUGGCUGACCAAACAUCUGAUCAUUCUCUUCUUUUGUUGCAUUUCUUAAACCAUGGAUGAACAUCAACAUUUGGACACUCACAGAAGAAAAGGAAAAUAAUUGAACAAAACCAGUUAGUGAGAUUGAGACGCGGAGGGACAUAGAGUCAUGGAGUUUCAAGAAGCUGUGGCGAGGCUAAGGAUCCACAAGACAAUACGCAAGGGAGCUAUUGAGAGACAACACACGCAAACUGAAAACAAAGAACGGAAAAUCUUCUUUCACAGAUCAUCAUCAUCAUCAUCAAAGCAAAAGACAAGGCCAUCAGAAAUCCCGAUAGAGUUUCAAUGUCCAGUUUCCGGUACUCUCAUGAAGGACCCGGUAAUUGUCUCCUCUGGGCAUACAUUUGAGCGUGCUUGCGUUCAAGCCUGCAAUACUCUGGGUUUCACACCCACUCUAAUGGAUGGCACCGUUCCUGAUUUCUCCACUUGCAUUCCCAAUCUAGCUCUCAAAUCCACCAUUCUCGAAUGGUGCAGAAAUUACUCUUUAGACCCGCCUAAUGAUAAAAUGACCCUCGAUUUCUUCUCUGCAGAAAAGCUUGUCCGCGCAAAAAUAUUAGAAACCCAACAACAGAAACCGAAACCUCCCAAGAAGAACGAACAUCAAGACACUGGUGCUGGGAUUGAUCACGUAGUUACUGAUUUGAUCACUCAGACCCCAAGUACUCAUGACUCCUGGAGCUCAGACGAUUCUCCCCUCCAACUCAAGACUCGAUCGAGUUACUACUCUUCUCCUUCUUCCUCCACGGCCGAGAUAGAAGCCUUUAACCCUAACCCCAAAGAUGAAGAGUUUGUUAGAAAACUCAAAAGCCCGCUAGUGUUUGAGAUUGAAGAAGGUCUCAUUUCAUUAAGAAACACAACGAGAGCUAGAGAAGAUGAUACCAAACUGCAGCUUUGUACCUCUCGGCUUCUCUCAGUAUUACAGCCUUUGAUCAUUUCGAGGUACACAAACAUUCAAGUCAACUCAGUUGCUUGUUUAGUUAAUUUGUCUUUAGAGAAAAAUAACAAAAUUAAGAUAGUACGGUCUGGGAUUCUUCCUUUGUUGAUUCAUGUGUUAAAAGGAGGUUUCCCUGAGGCAAAAGAGCAUGCUUGUGGUGCAAUUUUUAGUUUAGCACUUGAUGACCGUAACAAGACUGCAAUCGGCGUUUUGGGUGCUUUGCCUCCACUUCUACAUUUGCUGCGAUCCGCUGAGAGUGACCGGACUCGGCAUGACUCGAGCUUAGCUUUAUAUCAUCUCUCACUAGUUCAAAGCAACAUCACUAAGCUAGUAAAACUUGGGUCAGUGCCAAUUCUUUUGGAGAUGGUCAAGUCAGGUCGUAUGGAGAGUCGGGUUCUAUUAAUAUUGUGUAACUUGGCUUUGAGUCCGGAUGGCCGGCAUGCGAUGUGGGAUUCAGGUGGGGUGGAGGUUUUGGUGGGCUUGUUGAGGAGAAGUGAGUUGAAAUCUGAGUCAACUCAAGAUAUUUGUGUGUCUGUUCUGUAUGGACUGAGUCAUGGGGGUCUGAGGUUUAAAGGGUUGGCAAGGGCAGCAGGUGCGGUGGAGGUGUUGAUGCAAGUGGAGAAGACAGGAAACGAGCGGACUAAGGAGAAGGUAAGGAGAAUAUUCAAGAUGAUGACGGAGAUAAGAAUGGAGAAAGAGGAUGUGAAUUGGGAGGAAGUGCUAGAGGACUCGGGAUCAACUCGAUGUCGAUUCGGUGGUGGAAAGGAUGGGCUAAGCACAAACGCAUGAGUUUAGACUAUUUUUCUUAACUUCGUUGGUUUUGUUAAUUCAAUAGUUCCCUUCUUCGUCUUGAGAUAUAAUUAUUAGUUGGUGCGGGCUUUGUU